AUGGCCUCGUGCAAAGCUAUUGGUAUUGAUUUGGGUACGACCUACUCAUGUGUCGGCGUCUACCAGCACGGCAAAGUGGAGAUCAUCGCCAACGACCAGGGUAACAAGACUACGCCCAGCUACGUCGCUUUCACCGAUACAGAGCGUUUGAUUGGUGAAGCGGCCAAAGACCAGGCAGCCAGGAAUCCAGAGAACACCGUGUUCGAUGCGAAGCGUCUGAUCGGCCGAAGAUACGACGAUGACACCGUGAAGAAGGAUAUGAAGCAUUGGCCGUUCAAGGUGCUCCAGAAGGACAAAAAGCCCAUCAUUGAGGUGGAAUUCAAAGGCGACAAGAAGCAGUUCCGUCCUGAAGAGAUUUCAUCCAUGGUGCUAACGAGGAUGAAGGAAACCGCCGAAGCCUACCUCGGACAUAAAGUCACAGAUGCUGUCAUUACCGUGCCGGCUUACUUCAACGAUGGUCAACGUCAAGCUACAAAAGACGCUGGUGUCAUCGCUGGUCUCAACGUGCUCAGGAUCAUCAACGAACCCACAGCAGCCGCGUUGGCGUACGGUUUAGACAAGAAGAUGGCCAAGGAACAGAACGUGCUCAUCUUCGACCUUGGUGGUGGCACAUUUGAUGUCUCCAUCUUGAGCAUUGAUGAGUCCUUGUUUGAAGUCUUGGCUACCGCUGGAAAUACCCAUCUGGGUGGAGAAGACUUCGACGACAGACUAAUGCAGCACUUUGUGGCCGAGUUCAAGAGGAAGCACGGUCGAGACAUCACCAACAACUCCCGUGCUCUCCGUAGACUUCGCACUGCCUGUGAACGAGCCAAAAGAACACUGUCUUCAUCUACCGAAGCCGUGGUCGAAGUGGACUCUCUAUUCGAUGGCAUUGACUUCCAUUCCAGAAUCUCGAGAGCUCGCUUCGAAGAACUGUGUGCCGACCUCUUCAGAUCUACCUUGGAGCCGGUGGAGCAAGCCUUGAGAGAUGCCAAACUCGGAAAGAGCGACAUCCACGAAGUCGUGCUCGUUGGUGGUUCUACCAGAAUUCCGAAGGUCCAGAAGUUGUUGAAGGACUUCUUCUCUGGCAAGGACUUGAAUGGAUCCAUCAACCCCGAUGAAGCCGUCGCCUAUGGAGCUGCAGUCCAAGCAGCCGUCCUCAGCGGAGUCAACGAUGAAGCCGUGAAAGAUGUUCUACUGGUCGAUGUAACUCCCUUGUCACUUGGUAUCGAAACAGCUGGUGGCGUGAUGACAAAGGUCGUGGAACGCAACACCAGAAUCCCAGCCAAGGCUACACAGACCUUCUCGACCUACUCCGACAACCAACCUGGAGUCAGUAUUCAAGUGUUCGAAGGAGAGCGUGCCAUGACCAAGGACAAUAAUCGUCUUGGCAACUUCGACCUGAUGGGUAUCCCACCAGCUCCUCGCGGUGUUCCGCAGAUUGAAGUCACGUUCGAGAUCGACGCCAAUGGAAUCCUGAACGUUUCGGCUUUGGAGAAGGGCUCUGGGAAGUCGAACAAGAUCCAGAUCAAAAACGAGAAGGGCCGAUUGUCACAAAGCGAGAUCCAGAGAAUGUUGGACGAAGCCAAGAAGUACGAGCAGGAAGAUCAACGCCAACGUGACCGUGUAGAUGCUCGCAACAAGUUGGAAGCCUACCUGUUCCAAGUCAAGUCCUCGUUGGAUGAGUAUGGUGACAAACUCUCCGCCGAUGACAAACAGAUGGCUCGCGAGACUUGUGACCGAAUCCUACAAUGGGUCGAGAACAAUCAGACGGCAGAGAAAGAGGAGUACGAUGAUCAACUGAAAGAAGCCCAGAGCGUGUGCACCAAGAUCCUUGCCAAACUUCAUCAACAAGGCCAAGGAGGACCUUCGACUUGUGGUCAACAGAACGGUGGAUUCAAUGCCCAAGGUCCAAGUGUUGAGGAAGUUGACUAA